AUGGCGGGUACCUGUUCGAUGCUGUGUUUAAUCAUCAUCACUAUCUUUAUUCCUCCGCUCGGAGUCUUCCUCAUUUCCGGCUGUGGCGUUGAUUUCUGGAUCAACAUCCUCCUUACCAUCCUCGGGUACUUCCCCGGGCACAUUCACGCCUUUUAUCUGGAAUAUGUGUACUAUGAUCGCCGCAACCGGGAUCCUAUAACUCGCGCGACCCAGCGACCUGCGCCGGGUGUUUACUCGGAUCGCAUUCAGAGUGGCGGUCACUCUCACGCCCGCAACUAUGGCACUGUCUGA